CUAGUUUUUUUUAUAAUACUGUUUAAGUACCCCAGUAAUAAAAUAAAGUCAGUAGUAUUGACAUUCUUUUCUUCAAAUCGCAAUUGACACAGUUCAAUUUUUAUUUAAUUAGUGAUGAACCCUAAAUUUGGUCAAUGCUUAUAAAUUGUUUUAUUGUUUCGUGCAUGAUUGCUAACUGAUAUUUUGUAAGGAAAUGGCACCUGAAGGUUUGUUUCCUGGUGAAGGUCAAAGGGGAGCUGUUGGUGACUAUAACAAUCUUAAAUACCCAAAACUUGAAGAUAUGCUAGAUUAUAUUCUUAAACAGCAGCCAGCAUUACUAGAGGCCACAGAAAUGAGGGAGGCAAAGCUUCUUUUCCCUUCAAAAACAUAUGUGGCUAUGAUCAAAUUUCUGUUGAAAUGCUUUGAGGCAGAUGCAGAACAAUACAGGACAGUAGAAAGAAUUCUGGAGUAUUGGCCUUCAGUGGAGAAUAUGUGUUUGCUACUGGAACAUGCUAUGGCAUAUGAAGGCUCUGUUGAGUUGCAUUCAAAUGCCUCCAAGGCACUAAUCACAAUUGGAACUUAUUUUCAAGAGAUGAUAGCAUCACGUUAUGCCAUGAAAAUUUCAUGGUUAAAGCAAUUUUUGGGUCACAUGGAUUUCGAUACCCGUGACGCUAUAGCACGUUUACUUGGAAUUGCUUCCCAUGCUCUUCCUGCUUCCCAUAGCUUAUUUUAUCAAAUUAAUUAAGUCAUUUUUGCCUCA